GGCCGUUACCAGCAGAAAGAGGUCGUCCCAUCAUUUUUUAUGAGUUUAUGAAAAACGCCCUCGGAUCAUAUGAUUAGAAGCUCAAGCGAAAACAAGCAUAAGCUUUAAGCAAAGUGAAAGCAAACAAGAAUCAUGCGAUCCAGUAGUAUUGCUUUCUGGGCCCUGGACAACGUAUAUUAGAAGAAGAAGAAGAUACUUACACAAAAAUGCGAUAUGGGAAGAAGUUGGCCCUACACCGGAAUCGGAAUCCGGAAGCGUAUCACCGCAAAAUAACGUCGGGUCAGUCUCAGUGUCAAGCCACAAUCAGGACAAAUAAAAUUUCUGGUUGCCAAUCUGCUCAUAUUUUCAUCGUCGAGACUAGGCAUAGACGGCAGUGCCAGCCGAUGUGGCUCGUCGCCAAAUAACAGUGGCCGAAGAUGAAAUGAGAACGUUUUUGGAGUCAAGUCUGAGAAUAGUAUUCGAUCAUUUUGUUGCAUGCCUGCUUCGAGAAUUGCAAAAAACAGAACUCUACCUUCGCCUCGACCUCCGAGUCCGAAACAAAAAGUUUCCGCUUUGCAACAGUCUUCUGGCACUACUCCUUUAAUAUUUUGCCACGAUACGCAGCCGUAUGUGAACCACAAAUUUCUGAAGACGUCGAUAGAGCGCAUGGUGCAGCAGGUCAAGCGUGGCCGCCGGGACUUGGUGCAGAGCCAGGAUGAUUUCUUCUUUCAGAUGGUCGAGUCCGAUGUUGUUAAGUUGUGUGAGUACGUGCACCAACGGCUGCACCUCUUCGCCACACGGAUGGCCCACCUCCAGCACAGCGGCACGCAAAUCGGGUUCGUACUGUAAGAAAAUGAUGAAAAGACCAGCGCUUUUGUAUGCGACGUGUGAGCACCUCGGUCCUCGCGCUUCCCUCGGAGAUGUAAAGGUAGAUGUUGUAUAUAUAAUCUGUAAAAAGAAUUGCGCAUCGACCUGGACGACCUUAAUCGAAAAGACUGGUGUCGGUGUGAAAAAACCUAGACGUAGACAAAAUACACACGCGUUAUCGACGCAAGUGACAGCACGGCAGCAAAAAGCGUUUCUUUUGUCUUGUUUCCUUGCAUACACCGACGGAAGAAAAGAUGGUGGAUUUGGCGGAGAAGUUCAACUGCAAAAGGGACGACAUUGACAAAAUGGUGCAAAUUUAGAUGUGAUCAGUAUCGGUGUUUCCAAUUUUAGUAAAAGCAUUGAAAGCGCCAGCUCGUCAACGACACGAGGGAGAAAUCGCACUGAAUCUCAAAACAAGCGGGUCGUGCCGCUUCUUGCAAAAAUUGCUUCAAAACGACCGAGCACUUCUGUUGACUUCUGUUGCUAUAAAAGAACAACUAAACGAACAUACCAGAUCGACUGUGUAGCUGCAGAGAGCGACAAAUGCGGCGCGGACGAAAAGCGGGAGCACGAUAUGCUACUGGGCCAGACCGUCGCGGAGGCGGGUAGUUUGACCACUGCGGUGAACCUGCUCACGGACUACCUCGAGAUCAACGUGGCGGGUUUUCGCAAGCUGCUGAAGCAACGCACCAAACAGUUCGGGUCCCUCAGCUACCGCUCAAAUGUGCACAAGGGAUACGUCGCCUACCACGACCUCGUGCCGGUCGAUUUCCUGAACAUACACGACUCCUUGAACACCUACAACAGCGCCCUGCAGGAUUUCCUCGACCGCAAGUGGGCUAUGGGUAGAAGAAAGAAUCUUUUGUGUUGCAGCUUUACGAUGAACAUUUCCCCUCGUUUUUUGCUUUGGAACUGGAACAAAUAUGAAAAAAGAAACCGCCUUGAACAACCCAAGCUCCCGUUUCGGGCAAGGGCAACUGAAGUGAAAACAAAUACAAACGAAAAACAAUUUAUGAGCCACGCACUUCAUCGCUACGCACUGUGCAGGUCACAAAGUCCUUGAGUCUCUCGCGCGGAAAGUGGUGGUCGCGGAGGUCGAGCCUCUCCCUGAGGAGUGCACCGCGGCUCUGCAGAUGCGCGAUAAGUUGUGGCCCCUGUUCGGCGGGCCGGCCUGCUCUGGACCACUUGUGGCGGCCAGUGCUGCUCGUGCCGAGGGCGGCGUUGUGGUGCAGGAUCAUGAAUUCAGCGCUGGCGUUCAUCUAGCCGAAGGAUCUCCAACAUCUCCAGCAGCAGAUCGGACUCAGGAUGAAGUGGCCAGCACAACUCCUGUUGCAGACGGUAAGAACACGGGAGGCAGGAACUACGCUGUCGACUCCGACCCACGAACGCCUUCCAGCUCCCCUGCCGGCGGGGCUCGAUCUUCAUCAUCUGCGACGAAGACUUCGCGAAUUGGGCCGCGUCCGUCUGAUACCUUCCAGUUACCCGUUGUCCCGCACUUGUACCAGAACCUUUUCCCACCGAGCUUUUCUCGUGGCAGCACGACUAUUGGAAGGAACUCGCUGUCCGCGAUGAAAAAUGUUGACUCCGAUAAUUCCUUUGUCGACGCCAGCUCCUCCGCAGCUGCCGGCUGCCGCAGAGAUGGUUCCGGUGGUCCAGCCUUGCCUGCAGCCCCGGCGUUGGAGCAAGAAGACAUAGACGACAGUAGCACGAUAAGCUCCCUCUGCAGCCACACAGGAGGGAGUGCGGACGCCGCGCUUCAUGUCGUGGGGUCAACAACGGAGGGGGCGCAACGAGAGGACGAGCGAGGGGACGGUCCUGCCGUGAAAACUGCUGCUGCUGCUGCACGGCUUGAUGGUGCGACAGAUCCGACCAACCCCCGCGUCCCAACGCCUCCACCUCCUGCCGUCGUCGAAGGGCAGGAUAGUAGCGAAGCACUAGCUACGGCAGUGUCAGGCCGGGAAAGAAAUCAUGCCACGACGUCGAUGCAGGCGCAGCAAGGGCCGCUAGAGCACUGGAAAUCGGGGAAAGGCCACGGCAAAAACAGUAGCGCCUACGCUCCGCAUCAGAAAAAUCUUCAGAAUGGCAAGAUGAACAAAGGUAAUACUUUCGCGAAGAACAAUGCCCAUAACGCCGCGCACAACGAUUUCUACACCGCAUCGUGGCACCAGCAAGAAUCGCACAUCAAUCAACAUCAUCUGCGCGGCGGCGAGCACCAGUGCUCCUCGUUGCAACGGGGCAAAGCUUUUGCAUCCAAGGCCAAGGGCAAGUAUCUCGCAGGAGGAGGUGGUACGCAAAAUGGGAAAAUGCACAAAGGUGCCUACAACCUGAUGGAUAUUGCGGCCCGGAAACAUUCUAAGGGUGCCAAGUUUCACAACAGCAACCCUCAAGGCCAGUUGUGGGGCUACCAGCAGCAUGUUCAAGACUUGAACGGGUUCGAUGCCGCGUACUACAGUAGAAGCCAGGUCUCUAGCUCGCAGGAGUACAACACGGGCGCUCCGGCGCCGUACGCGUUAGCGCCAGCCAUAGAACCUCGUAGCAGCACGUCUGCCCCCGCAGCAGCAAGAAAAGGAGCGACGGAUGGUGGCGUGGCAGCCACAGCUUCGUACCUUCAACAGAUGAACGAACGUAGUGGUUACGCCCCGAGUGAAAUAAAGCCGGCUGACCAUCCUGCUUUUUCCAUGUUCGAGGUGGCGCAAAGCAUGCAUCGCCCGCAUUCGUUGGCUCUCGACAGCUACUAUGGAUUGCGUACCGCAAGUGCACCAGCCGUACCUGCACCGCCGGGCAGCAUUCGGGCCGUGCCAUCGGCGUUGGAAGGAGCGCAGGACGAUGGUGCCUGGCACAGCCACGGUGUUGUACCAACGCAGAGGACAAAAACCGACGCCAGCAGCUACCAGCACUUGAACAUCCCGGCGCAGCCCCCUGUCUCCGCAAAUAAAGUUCCUGACGAUCCGCUCUAUUCCCAACUCAACGUUUGGGGGCUUGAGAUGAUGCGGCCUGCGGCAGGCGCUGCUCCACCGCCUCCUCUUCAUCCCCGAGACGGGAAGGGCGGAACUUCUACUGCUUCUUACGAUCAUCAUUUCGCUGCUACGGCGAGCGCGUAUUCCGAGCUCCUCCCGAACCCGAUGGAAGCAGCGUUAUUUGGGGGUGUUUCUGGGAACAUCGUGCCCGGUACUAGUGGCUACAACCAGCAGGCAGCGACUGUGUUGCCACACCAGGGUAUCAACACUUUAACGCCCUCUACUGGUGCACUGAUGCAGCUUAUUGCCGAGGGCGGCAUUCAGCAAACACAAAGCCAUUGGCCAAUGAACAUGGAGCAUCCAGCAAACAACUCUUCGCACCAUCAUCAAGGUCAGCUUUUGUAGGACAGUGCGGCGGCCGCACCAGAGAACUCCACUGGAACCCAUGCGAUACACUCUUCCGCAACAUUCCUCGAAGCUGCGCCGUAUUGAGCUGCAACCAGACGCGCACACAUGGCGCAGUCCCGAUCACUGCCACCGGAAUUUAGCUAAUGUGGCGCGACGGGAAACCUCGUUUCGCUCCGCGAAAAACCAUCGAUGAUGGCUCACGUACUUCUUGGCAUUGUCUCAACAUCCCCAAUGCUAGCGUUGUGCGCAACGAAUUGCUUUCACUUUCAGCCCGCCAGCUUGCUACUUGGAUGUCCAUUAUACAGUAGUGCUGAUGAGUAUUUUGGACCUCCAGCCACCCGUUUUCUAUCCAUAUUCUACUAGAAUAUAAAGAGUAGCGCACAGAAGUCAGCCAAGCUUGAUGCAUAGGGCGUCAACGUCCAAGUUGUAUCGUAUCUACAGGACAUGAAAUUUGAACAUUUUUGAUAUCCUUAUUAUCAUCAAACUUGGGAGGACGAAUUUCUAAACCAGGUUUUGAUACGUGCUAAUACUUUAUGUAUUUCGUCUGUUUUGCUGCUCAAUAAAUUCCAAAUUAUUCCGAAACCCACCAAUGAUCGCUCUGGUGAGUUUCGGAUUUUGGUGUCUCAUACUACAAACACUACACUCCGUUGUUCUCUUCCUGUACACCUUCAGUUUCGAUAGGAUUCGCCAAAGCAACUGAAUAUCAGGAUGUAAGAACAGGAUUUGAAGUAAGCCCCCGAGAAGGAGCUCCGCUUUGAUAUAAAGGAAAUUUUUAUGUAUGCAAGUCGUUGAAAAAUCUAUGCGUUCUGUACUUGCAGAAACAUGGUGUGAAGGUUACCUCACUCCGCUGAACCGAUGGUGGCCAAGAAUCUAAGUAUGUAUCUAAUACAAGCAAAAGGAAUUCAUAGAGAUAGACAUAGUCGGAGAAAAAAUAGUAGCGGGCUGCACUAUGUGGCGUUGCAACUCCUGAUGCCGAACUUCGACUCAUCAAGACAGCAUAGGCUCUUAGUACGUCAGGAAUUGCGAUCUCCCCUCUAACACACCGACCCCCUUCCCGGCUAGUCAAGUCUAGUUUCGUUGCCUCUUCCGUAUGAGUCGGAAAGGGACGGCGAAGAAAAAGGUACACGAUCUCGGGCGGAGAUCGCAGUCAUUGUUGAAAAAAAAAGGGCCACCUAUAGAGAUGAAAAAGGUGAUCUUCCCGUGUGUUCUUAUCCCUAAGAAAAAUCGCGCCAUACCGUCGCGAUUCGUGUGCUUUUUUUCAUUCUAGGCGAGGCCUGGCGUGCCUGAGGCCAACAAAAGCGCCGCCGCCCAGGGCUACCCAAAGCCUUCGCCGCGCAUCCUCCAGAGGGUCGCGCUUUCGUGCUUAGCGCAGCCCCAGCUCAUGCGCCCGGAAAGCGCUGCACACUGACAGAAUAACCGCCGGCCACUACAUCCAAGUUCGCGCGCCUAGGCGCGCGCUGAUGCGCCACCCAAACAGCCCCCCCAAGCUGGGGCAACGCCGGCGGUCGCGCCGGGCCGUGGCAGUGUGCGCGCCCAUCCGUCUCUCUUUGUGUCAGGCAGCAGAUGGUGACCCCUCCGGUGUUGUCUUUGGUGCCUGCGCCGUGCCGUCGGUCCUAAAUUAGGACCGGUGGGACGCUGGCUCUAUAAAAUAAUAUGCAUAUGGGACCACGAAGCAAAGAUGGCGCCUCAGCUCCGCUUCCGCACGCUCCCGCUCGUGCAUAGAUAACAACACUACUGCAGAGACCUGCUGCGGCGUUUUGGGAUGAAGCAAAGGCGGCGCUUCACUGCGAGUGUUCCCGUUCUCGUUUUCUGCUGUUCUUAUCCUCCACGCCGUGCAUAGAUAAGAGCAUGUUUGUAACGACCUGAACUGAAGGCGAAGCAGGAUGAUUGGACGAAUCAGAGUUGGAGCUUCUCCUCCAGAUGUUCCCGUUCUCGAAAAGUGCUGUUCUUAUCCCUCCUUUCCGUGCAUAGAUAAGAACACCAUUUUCAGGUCGUUACAAACGUGUUCUUAUCUGUGCACGGUGUGGAGGAUAAGAACAGCAUUUUUCCAGAACGGGAACAUUUGGCGCAGAAGCUCCAAUGCUGCUUCGUGCCAAACACCAGUUUCAGGUCGUUACAAACAUGUUCUUAUCUAUGCACGGCGUGGAGGAUAAGAACAGCAGUUUUCGCGAGCGGGGACAUUCGGCGCAGAAAAUCCAACUCUGCUGCAUGCCAAAACAUCAACUCCAGGUCGUUGCAGUAGGUGUUCUUAUCUAUCUUCCCGAAAUGUUUAUUCGAGCACCCGGCGGGAAGCUUUCAGGGUCUUCUGCCAGUGCGUCCACCAUCACCGCGGAAGCGGUGCCAGCGGUCAGUGAUUGGGGCGGUGGGUGAGAGAAUGAGGCUCGUUUGAAGAGUUCCAAGGGGUCUCGAGGGGCCUGCGUACCAAGCCCGCACGAGCCGGCUUGCGGCCCUUUUUGGGUCGCGAGUACGCAGGGCCCGGGGCCGCGAAAAAGAUGCCCGCCUGCGCCUGUUGGGCGUGUUGUGAGUGUCCGUGGGUCGCGUCGAUCUGCGCAGUGGGGGGGCCACUUUAGUCUAUGUCUAGGCUCGUCGGGGUGUUGGCGUGCCUGUUGGUUCCUCUAGAGCGACGCCUGGGCCGCGUGCAAAAACCCACCAGGGGAGGCAACAGCACUCCUACGCAGGCGCGACCAUAAAAACUGCAGCGCCUGCGUUGGCGCAAAAAAAAAGGGCAAAUCCCGACGGUAUGCUGCGAAUUUCUUUAGGGAUAAGAACAGCGCUGAAGAUCACCUAUUUCAUCUCUAUACCACCAAGAACUGAAAUUGUGAGGCGUAGACCAGCACGAUAUCGUAGAUCUAGAGGAUGCAAAAGUUGUUUGAUAUUAUUGAUUCGCAAACAUAGUUUCUUAGAAAUGUGUUUAUCCAUAGCGCAAUCAUCGUGAAGUGAAGUAUAGAUAUUUAACUAUCGCUUUUGAAAAGGCAUAUACUUGUUGUGUAUUUGUAAAUGUCAGUAUCAUUCACUACGUGCAAGUAGCAGAUCUGGACUUAUGAACUUUUCAGCUCCAAAGAAAAUGGACAAGAAAUCUUCGUACGAAAACAAACAAACAUCUACGUGAAGAAGCACCAGCACCCCUUGGAAAAC